AUGCGGAAGCCGCACUGCGCUGGAGUCCUGGACGUGCCCAUGAUGGGUCUUGGUGCCAGAGUGGCCAUGGCAGCAGGCCAUGGUGUGUGGGAAGUAUUCCCCAGGCAGCACGGUGUGGAGAGGAAGCUGUGCCGGGAGCGUGCGGGCACGGAUCACGGGGCCAGAGGAAGGGACGUCGCCAAGAGCAAUGGGGCGCUGGCAGUGGUGCAGGUGGCUGAGGGCGUCCUGGGUCUGCGGAGGAAGGAGAGAAGCGGUGAAGUGAUGCAUCCGGUAAAAGAGUACAAAAUGAACCACAAGAAGCGGGGACUCGCUUUGAUCUUCAACCACGAGGAGUUCCACGGUCUCCUGGGCCUGCGCCGCCGCGGGGGCACCUGCAUAGACCGAGAUAAUCUCUAUUCCAGGCUCGUGGAACUAGGUUUUGAGGUGAAAUACUACGACAAUCUCAAAGCAAAAGAAGUAAUGUGCAAGAUGUAUGAAGCGUCAACCGCCAGCCACAUCGACGCCGACUGCUUUCUCUGUGUUUUCCUGACCCACGGCGAAGGCAAUCACAUUUACGCCUACGAUGCUAUGGUGGAAAUUUCCAUGCUGACCGACUUCUUCAAAGGCGACAGGUGUAAGAGCCUGGUGGGCAAGCCCAAGAUCUUCAUCAUUCAGGCAUGUCGCGGUGACAAGCACGAUGAGGCCGUCCAGCCCAUGGAGCAGGUGGACGCAACCCGCCAUCCCGACAGCAACGAGACCCAGGUGGACUCAGCGUCCGUGUACACGCUGCCUGCUGGGGCCGACUUCCUCAUGUGCUACUCGGUGGCCGAAGGGUAUUUCUCAUACCGGAAUACUGAUUCCGGCUCGUGGUACAUCCAGGAUCUGUGUGAGGUACUGCGUAGGUACGGCAGGACCCUGGAGAUCACGGAACUGCUCACGCUGGUCAACAUGAGGGUGUCCCAGCGCGAAGUGGACAUCGUGGACAUCGACAAGGAAAAAGACGCCAAGAUCAAGAAGCAGAUCCCCUGCUUCGCCUCCAUGCUCACCAAGAAGCUGCACUUCCAACACAGUGACACCCAGUGA